UAGAUGCUCUUUGGCGGAAGCGCUCCAGUGCAUACAGCCUGCACGGCCUAGCUGAGCCAUGGAGGGAGCUCCCGUGACAGCAGCCACGGGGGUCUUGGGGCCCGUCGUCGUGAAGCUGGGUGCUCUGCUGGGCAGCGAGUACAAGCUUCAGCGCCAGACUCUGAAGGACAUAAAGUUCAUCAAAUCCAAGCUCAAGUUUGUGCAUUCUAUCCUUUGGGCGAUAUGGGGGAAGGAGACUCUUGAUGCGCAAUCCAAGGAGUUGAAGAAGGAAGCGCUGGAUCUCGCCGAUGAUAUGCAAGACGCCAUCGACGACUUCAUCCUCACCAUGGAGCCAAGCCACAGAAACAAGCACCUGAAGAUACAGAUCAAGAUCCAAGCAAGCCCCUUCCAAGAUUUCAAGACAAGAGUAGAUGAUGUGUCAGCCCGGUGCCGCAGCAAGUGGAAGAUCAAGCCUGCUGAACGCGUUUGUAGCUUAUAUUCAACAAAAAGGGCAGAAUCCAGCACCCCCAGCAAACUGCCUCCUCAUCGAGCUCCAUUUGUCUGCAAGAAUGCGUCAGAGAUCAUUGGUAUGGGCAGAUGGAGAGAGGACCUCAUAACAUACCUGGUAGGAGAAGGGAGCACAAUGGCUCAGCCACAGUUCAAAAUGGCAUCCAUUGUUGGGAUGGGCGGUGUGGGCAAAACAACCCUUGCCAGCCUUGUGUAUGAGGAGAUUGGAAAUAAGUUCCAGUCCCGGGCUUUUGUGUCCGUCACUCCAACCGCCAACAUGAAGGAGGUUCUCACAAGUAUUCUCCACCAAGUAGGAGCUGAACUACCUGCUGGCACCAAAGCAAGGACGGAGGAAGAUAUCAUCCACACCAUAUCGAACUUCCUAGAGGACAAAAGGUACCUAGUAGUAAUUGAUGACAUAUGGCAUCAUGGAGAAUGGGAGAUCAUCAGCAAGUCUGUUCCACAAAAUAAUCUGGGCAGUAGAAUUGUCAUGACAACCCGUAUUGAUUCUGUAUCAGAUGAUAUCGAUUAUAACAAGCUCUGCAUCAGAAUGAAUCCUGGAUGGAGUUUUGAAGAGGAAAGAUGGUUCUACGGACAUCAUGUGCAAGAUUUCACCGCUUGGAUGAAGCCUGACAUGGUUGGAGAAGGUUUUGACCGUGACCAUCCUAUUGUGCGCAUGUGUGGUGGUGUGCCGUUAGCACUACUUUGCAUGUUUUCGGCAAUGAGAAUGGUCCGAGAGCAACAAGAACUAGGGGUACAUGUAAAGGCAUGCGUUGUGCAAGAUAUGAUUGAGAAGCAAGUUAAGCAAAGUGGAAUUCAGAACACUCCAGGGUUUGAACCGUUGGUAGAGAGUUUCCAGCUUGGCUACACCAAUCUUCCUCACCAUAUGUUGAAGACCUGCUUGUUGUACUGCAGUGUAUACCCUGAGAAUUACCCUUUUUGCAUGAAUGAUUUGGUCAUGAGAUGGGUCGCUGAAGGAUUUACUUAUAAAGUUGAUGUAGCAAAAGAUUACCUCAAAGAGCUUGGCAACAGGGGAUUUAUGCUGCAUAUGAAGGAUUCAUCUGGCAUGCCCUACUACCAAAUGAAUCCGAUGAUGCAAAAUUUCCUUAGAUGGAAAGCGCGUGAAGAUAAUUUCAUUACUUGUAGUUCCGACAUCGCAUUGGCAUAUGCAUGUCGAAUCCAUCGGCUAUGUAUCGAUGGUUAUCAAGUUGAUGACGGUGAGGUGCAGGUGGUGGAUACCUUGUUCGAACUGGAUUGGUCCCAGAUUCGAUCUCUUGUUGUUUUUGAAGGUGCUAAGAGAUAUGUCCCUUUUGAGAAGUUGGAACGUGUGCGGGUGUUGGAUCUUCAUUAUCAUCAUCAUCAUUAUCUUGAAUUCCUAAAGUCUUAUUGGAAUCCUUUUGGGGACUUUGGAUUCGAGGCCCUUGCAAAUCAGCAUGUGAAGGAUAUAUGUGGACUGCUCCGUGUGAGGCACCUAUUCGGCCUAGAAGGGAUAGGAAUCAGUGAGAUACCGCCGGAAAUAGCAAGGCUACAGCAUCUGGAGACUUUGCAGGUAAGAUUCACAUCGAUCACAGAGUUACCCAGUGAGAUUAGGGACCUACAACAAUUGAAGACUCUGGUCGUGAGUCAGAACCAAAAGCUGGCAGAGCUGCCCAGGGAGAUAGGGGAUCUGCAACAAUUAGAGACUCUGGACCUGAUGAGCUGUACCAGGCUGACGGGGCUGCCACGUGAGAUCGGGAACCUCCAGAAUUUGGAGAAUCUGAACCUGCAUUGGACCAUGCUCAAAGAGCUGCCUCUGGAGAUUGGGAAGUUGCAGCAUUUGAAAACUCUGGAUAUUGGUUCGAAUAGCAUCACAAGGCUAGGCAAUGAAAUUGAGGACCUGCAUCAUUUAGAGACCCUGGACCUGAGUUACAACCGGGGGCUCACACAGCUGCCUCGUGAGAUGUGGAAACUGCAGAAUUUGAAGCGGCUGCUCUUGAAUGGUACAGGGGUGGUGAAGAUACCAAGGGAAAUCGGAGGGCUAAAGAAGCUGGAGAUUUUGAAAUUAGACGACACCAUCGGUGCACUGCCUUGGGAAGCUAGUCAGCUCUCGAAAUUGGAGGGGGUGCCCGAGUGCGUCCGCCAAGCCUGGAAGAAGAGUGAACUUAUGUCUUGUGAGCUAGCCGGGGAGAUCUUGUCCAUUCGACUGGUCAAUCGGGCCAUUGAUAGGGGGGGCCUAAUCGUUGGGACAAAACACAUGCAGAUUCCACAGUGGAUCAAGGAACACUUCAACGACCUUGGCUCCUUGGAUAUCAGGAUCUGCAAACUGGAGGAGCGGGAUGUCAAGAUUCUGCAGGAGAUGCUCAACCUGGAAAACCUCACGCUAAGGUUCGACGCCAUCCCAAGAAAGCCCAUAGCCAUCAGCGGUGAAGGGUUCCCAAGGCUCAACAGACUCGUUGUUGAUUGCCGGCUUCCACGGGUUGUCACCUUCCAGGAAGGAGCGAUGCCGAAGCUGGGAAUCCUCCGCUUCGAGUUCCAGUUCUACGGUGGACCACCUCCAGCUGCAAAUAAAGGAGACCCUCGGCUGGGUGUCAAGCACCUCCGGUGCCUCUUCUUGGUCGAAUUUAGAUGCAGCGAGGAAUGGUAUGGAGGAGCAGCAGAGAGCAGCCCGUGCAUGAGCGCCAUGAUUGACGUCGUGAGGAAAGAAGCCCGGGAGCAUCCCAAAAAGAUCUACUUUCGUGUCACUGGCCGCAAGGAAUAGAUAUUUCCAGCGAUCGAGGAGAGCGCACAGGCUUCCAGCAGUGGGACAAGCAAGAUCGACGACACUCCAAACAGUGGGAGGGGCGAGAUCCAUGAGGAGGAAGAGACUUUUCCAAGGAACGAGAGCGGAAAGGUUUCGGGCAGUGGGACGACUGGCGAGAUCCAGGGGCAGGAGGAGAAGAUCCAGGAGGAAGAAGCGUGAUUGGGUUUCUUGACGAGUAUUGCUGAGGUUGGCUGGCUGGUUAUUUCGUCAUCGUGAUGCUAGCUGUUCUUCUUCGGGCCGGAUGUUCUUCUUCGGGCUUUCUCCAUCUGAUGCUAGCUGUUGCUUAAUUUCCAUUGUCAUAUGCAAAAGCUUCCAAGUUGAUUUGGCCUUCAAAGGCACCUGUAUCUGUAUGCCACUUCAAAGGUAUUGUCAUGUAAUUUAAUUAUAAUCCCUUCGAAGGGAG